AUGAUUUACUAUGCCACCAUAGGAUUUAAAGAUGCUACCCUACACUGGAUUUCAUCUACUGAAGAAUUAUUGGCUAUCUGUGUUAUCACUGCUGAGAAAGUUAUGCCCAAGGAAACCAAGUUUGCUGCUGAAGAAGCUGCUGUCAUCAAGGAAUUUGCUGACAUAUUUUCUUCUAAAUUGUCAAACGAGUUGCCACUCUGA